GUGCGACAAAAAUAAAGUAAAAUAAAAUUUACAGGAAAAAAAAGGAAGAAGAACAUUAUAUAUUCCCUCAAAUCUCUCUGUCUCAAACUGUUUGUUUGCAGAGGACAAGAAGAUUCCCUCGUCUUUUCCCCCAUAACCCAAUAAUUCUGGUUUAAAAUCUCGGUAAAAAAACAGGAAUCUUGUUUUUUCCCCGAGAAAAUCUAUCCCGGGAUGGUUUCUGCUUCGAAAGUGAGGAAACUGAAUCAGGAGAGGGCAAACCCAUUUCUUGUAUCUGCCUAUGGAUUUUCAAUCUGUUGAAAUUUUUUGCCUUUCUUAGGGUUCAUCGACAUAUGCUUCAUACAUAUUCUUGAUUCUGUUUGUGUUUUAAUUAUGAUAUUAUGUAUUAAUUUGUUGGGUUGAAAAUCAUUUCAGAAUCUCUGUGUAACAGCUUUUGCUUCGUUUUUCUCUAUCUAGAUCUCUUUUUAGUUUGAUAACAAUACAAUUUUUUUUUUUUACUGGAUUCGGUUAUGGCUUUUUAGCUCCAGCAUGUUGGAUUCUUGUCCGAAAUUGAGUGUUUGAGAUUGAAGAUGUAUCUGGGCACGUUGUACUGAAAAGAUUUUUUUGCCUUGGGGGGGAGUACUUGGAUCUUCUGUAAGAUCUAGGGGGCUUAGAAUUCUGAUCCAAGUCAGGGUCAAUGGAUGGUGAAAAAGAAACAGUAUGAACAGUAUAUUGUAUAAGAUCAAUCAAGAUUUGCGUCUGGCUCAAAUCAAGAUGGAGGGAGAUGUGUUUUCUGGAUUUGGAGAGAGAUACCACAUUGAUGGCAAGCUAUUGCAGAGCUUCCAGAAGAGUUUUGUGCAAGUUCAGGACAUUCUAGAUCAAAACCGGCUGUUGAUCAACGAGAUCAACCAAAACCACGAGUCCAAACAACCCGAUAACUUGGGUCGAAAUGUGGGUUUGAUUAGAGAGCUCAAUAACAACAUCAGAAGGGUGGCCGGCCUAUACGCCGAUCUUUCUAAUUCUUUUGCCAGAUCUGUUGAUGCUUCAUCAGAAGGUGAAUCUACCGGGACCUUCAAAUCCGAUGGAAAGGUCAACCAGAAGAGAUUUAGAUCCGGGUAAUACACCGAAACCAUACUCCGUUCUUGUAGAUUCAGAGCUAAUUGGUUGUGGAGUAAGAAUUUUCAUUUUCUUAUUGAAUAGAGAAAACAUGAUUUGUGUAUUGCUUGAGGUUCUGAAAAUGUGCCCUCGUUGUAAUCUCUGUUGAAACUGCAACUGCAUAUGUUCUUCUUCACCUCUGAGAUUUCAGACAAAUGGUUUGGUCUUCA